UGCUGCGGUGCAUGAUCAAGUGCUGCUCCACGCUGCACUGCUACACGCAGGCGGCCGUGUUGUGCCAGUUCCUGGACGAGGUGGACUACGCCAGCGCGUUCCAGUACGUGGCGGAACGGAACUGCGCCGACGCCAUGGACGCAUACUACGACUGCAUCUGGGACAUGACGCUGCUCGAGUACCUCACGCACCUGCACCACAAGCGCUCAGAACGCGACAAGCGGCAGCAGGUGAUCCGGCUGAUCGGACAGCUGGAGCUCAACUCCAACAACAACGAAGAGAUCCAGCGCGAGGCGGCCGGCGUGCGCAAGGCCCGCUUCCUGCGCGCCAUGGUCAAACAGUACGCGGCCUGAGGUGCGCCGCCGCACGCCGCCCGAGC